AUGGCGGCGGCGGCGGCUGCUGUGGGAGGCGGCGGCGGCGACGCCACCCUGGGGAGCCUCCUGGGCCUCGGACGGAGCCUGCGCCGCCUGCAGGGCCUGCUGGGUGACAGCAGCAGCAGCGACGGCGCGGAGGAGCCGGAUGAGUUUCUGGGCUUCCACUCCGAGGAUGAGGCCUCCCAGAGUUCUUUGCGCACUGCUCUACGGUCUAAAAGAGGUGCGGCUCUGCCUGCCCGCGGGCGGAAGAAGAGGGCGCUCUCCGAGGACAGCCGUUCCAAGCGGCUGGCCAAGCAGAAGGCCGCCGAGUCACAGAGGGAGCGUAUGGUGAAGGCCUUGGCUGAACUGCUUCAGAGGGCCAAGGGACCCCCAGCCCGAUUGGGCAGGCCACCGGGUUCGGGCCCCAAGAUAGGCAGGAUGCUUCCCGAGCAGACUAAAGUUGGCCUGGAAGCAGGCGGUUCCGUAAAAGCCACCCUCUCUCCCACCCUUCCUCCACAGACCGGGAAGAAUCCCAACUCCAUUGCAUCCGCCAGGCCACGCGGCCGGCCACGGGGCUCCUUCACCAAGAGACCCAGGACCACGCCUGGACCUCCUUGCCAAAGCGUCGAAGCUCCAUGUUCCCUCCCCGAACCUGAGCACAAGAGCCCUUCGCCCUCACCACGCCCAGCUGUCAGCCCCUCCCCACCAUCCCCAGAACCUAAGAAGCCCCCACUCAUCCUAAAGUUCUUUUCCAAGGCCAGGCGGCAUAAGUCCGGCAAGUUGGUGGUCACCCACGUCCGGCUAAAGGGCUCUGGCCACAGAAGGGGCCGCAAGAGGAAAUGGAGUGUUGUGCAGAAGAAGAGAAGCUCCCCGCUCCCCUCCCUGUCUGUCUCUGAGUCGGAGGCCCCUUUGUCGGAGUCGGAAGCUUCUGCCCCUGAACGGGAACAAAAAGGGGUGGCUUCGACUCUGGAGUCGCAGCCGGAGGUUCUCGAUGAGAGUCCAGAACCACAGCCAGAACUUCCAGCCCCAAAGGCAGAGGCACAACCAGAUGUGUUCGCUCAGGAGCCAGAGAAACAACCAGAGGCUCCGCCCCCCAUGGUGGAAGUCUGUCGACCAGAACUGGAGGCUCCGACUCCAGGAGACGGCGUUCCCGCUUCACCGAAUGGACUUUCCGGGAAACAAGGGCAACAGCAGGCCGACCCACAGAGUGACAGGACGGGGGCCCUUCCCGUGGAGGGGUCUUCCAGCAUCUCCCGUUCCACCCGGGCACAGUGUUCAAAGCGGGGCCGUGGCCGCCCGCCCCUCACCGCUUCCCAGCGGGCCCAGCGCAUGGCCUCUCAGCAGCAACCAACCAAGGCCCGAGAGGAGGCUUUGGCGGCCGCCCAACAGGCUGGUGGCACCGGCUCCGAGGAAGCCCCGGCUCUCAAGGCCACGUUCCUGAAGAAUAUCCGCCAGUUCAUCAUGCCUGUGGUGAGCGCUCGCUCGUCACGCCUCAUCCGCACCCCCCGCCGCUUUAUCGACGAGAUCCCGCAGAAGACGGCCAAGCCUGUAGAAAGCCCUGCUGCCCCGGAAGGGUCUUGUCCUGACAAACAAGAGGCCCUCCUGUCGUCGUUGCCGGUGACCUCACUGCAGCUGACUCCCCCGAACCCUAGCUCUCCGAGUAAAGAUAGUUCCAGAGCUCUCUCCCCGCCACCUUCCCCUAACGUUCCCCAUAUAGCUUCCUCUGCUUCCGCCCUGCCUGAGAAGCGGCGUUCCAUCCUCCGGGAGCCCACUUUCCGCUGGACUUCCCUGAGCCCCACUUCAUCCCCCAAAGAUCUGGGCAAGACCCUGUUCCAUCUUCCUAGCGAAGAUUCCCCUUCUUUGCCCAGCACUCCGACGCUAACCCCUUCGCCCCCCGCCAAGCGGACCCCCCUGCUGCGGGCCCCUCAGUUCACGCCGAGCGAAGCACACCUUAAAAUCUACGAGUCGCUGACGGUGUCUUCCGAGGAGUCCGAGUCGGCGCACGCUUCCCCUGAGGUCAGGAGAGACACCCCGGCAUCGCAGCAGCAAGAAGCUCCCACCCUCCCCAAUGAGCCGGUGGUGGUAACCCGCAGCAGCAAGAGGCUGAUGGGAAGGACGAACCAUCUCACCUUGCCCCUCUUCACGGAGGUCCCGAGACCGCUCGGGGCCCAGGGCAAAGAGCUGAUCACCAUGGAGGAUGUGAAUUCUCCCGGUGUGGUGCACAAGGUGGCCAUCCGCAGGGUCGUGCCUCCGGCAGUCCACCCGAAGGAGGAGGAGGCCGAUAGCUCGGAGAGCGAGGCGGAGCCGGCCAGCCCCGGUUCAGGAGAGCUACCGCCCCCUCCGGAGGUGCCGAAGCCCAUUAUGGCCCAGCUGUCGAGCAUGGACAAAGUGUACAGCUUGCUCACUCGUGCCAAGGUGCAGCUUUUCAAGAUCGAUCAGCAGAAGAAUUUCAAACUGGGCCCGGGGUGUCAAACCAUCAAGAUCGAUGUUCUGGAGCCCCCAAAGGUCCAGAGCAAGCAGGAGCCGAGUUCGGAACCUAAAGCGGAUGGAGAGGAUGGGAAAGAUGCAAGGAAGCAGGGCCAGGAAUCUCCGGUGCAGGGCCCUCGAAUCAAGCACGUGUGCCGGCACGCCUCGGUGGCACUGGGGCAGUCUCGUGCCAUGGUGCCGGAGGAUGUGCCACGCCUCAGUGCCCUGCCACUGCGGGAGAGGGAGGAGAUCGCUGCUUCACCCACUGUUGAGGAGACCUCCUCGGCCUCCGAGAGCGAGAGCGGGCAUCAGAAGCAGGUGAAGGCAGACGCAGCCGUCAAGGCCGCGCCGCACCCCGUGCGCCGCCACGUCUCCCACCACCACCAUGGCAAGAAGAACCGAAUGACCCGCUGUGGGAAGUGCAAAGGCUGUCAGAAGCUGCAGGACUGCGGGGAGUGCAUCAACUGUCUGGACAAGCCAAAGUUUGGUGGGCCGAACACCAAGAAGCAAUGCUGCGUGUAUCGGAAAUGCGACAAGAUAGAAGCGCGGCGGGUGGAGCGGCUGUCGAAGAAAGGUCGUACGGUAGUGAAGCCCAUUGUCCCUUGGGAUUCAGAGGAUUCUCAGGAGGAGUUCCCAGCCCCUUGGGAAGUCAUUCUAGGGGCCACAGAGACGGCCGAGCAAGAUUCCCUGCUGCAGCGCAAGUCGGCGAGGCGCUGCGUCAAGCAGAGGCCCUCCUAUGACAUAUUUGAAUCCUCCGACUCCGACGCAGAGCCUGUGUCUGGCUCGGCCACGCAUCGCCGGAAAUCUUCCCGGGACUCAGAUCUGCUUCCCAUGGACUCCGAGGAGCAGAGCAGACCCCGCAGAACACCUCUCCAGCCGGUGGUGCAGCUGAAGGCCCGGAAGAGGCCAGAGAAGGAUGUCUCCUCUUCUGGCACCCUCCCGUCCAUCUCCAAUGGCUGGAAUGGGAAGCAGAAAUCUACGGACGGCGUCCACCGGCUCAGAGUGGAUUUCAAGGUAAGGGAAGAGUGUCCGGCUGCAAGGCAGCCUCUGGAACCACCCUGA